UUCAAUGUGGAAUGGCCACCGACUUGUACGACAAACCAUUGCUGCUCUGACAUACCUGCAGACACGCGAGUAGCAUGUUCACCGAUAUAAGGUGACGAAUCCCACAAUUGAUUGCACACUCGAGUGCUGCAACCGCCGACGUGUACCAGAAUGGACAUCACGCCAGUGUUCAAUGAGCUGCUGCGGAAGCGCAACGCACCCAUCGUCACGGAGAAGAAGAUCAGCCUCGAAACGAUUGAUGGUUUCCUCAAAGAGGCGUACAGAAUAAACCACCAUAUAACGAGCCUCCACAACGAGCUCAAAGAUGUCCGACAGGCCUACCUCUCAACGGCGCAGCCGCGCAAGACGCACAUUCGACCGGGGAGUAACGGAAGUCAGCCCCGCCAUCUCACCGACCGCGACCGUGAAGAGGUGGACGCCAACGCGAAGCAGAUGCUGCGGGAGUUGAACGCCAGCAUCACGGCGCUCCGGGACGCCGAGGUGCUCCGCCGCGAGACCGAGACGGCCGUCAUCCGCAAGAAAUUCGUCCGGGGCCUGGGCGCGCUCGGCGCAUGGGCGGCCGGCGCAGCUGCGGGAGGCGGCGCCGGCGCAUCGAACGACAGCGGCAAGACGGCGGAGCACCUGGCGGCGGAGGCCAAGGCACGGACGAUCGAGCAGCACCGCGACGAGGUGAUCCAGUCGCUGAGGAGGGGCCUGCAACUGUGCGGGCGCACACAGCAGGACAUGAUGGAGGUGCGGCUGACGAGGGAGAUGGAGAAGAAUCGGAGCGUGCUGGCAAAGGCCGGGGGCGGCAGCGCGAUGCCGGAGCUCGGAGGAUUCUAUGAGUCGAUGAGCAAGAGCGCAGCGAAGGCUGGGCUGCCGCUGGACGAGGGCAGCAGAUCGUACAAGCCGCAAGAGGAGCUCACUGAGGAGCAGAUCCAGAUGUUCGAAAAGGGGAACCAGGACAUGCUACAGCAUUACAACAGCACGUUGGACAAAGUCAGGACGGCGGAGAAGUCGCUGCUCGAGAUUGCGGAGCUGCAGACGCUGCUGGUGGGUAACCUGGCAACGCAGUCGGCGCACAUUGAGCAGCUCGUGGCGGACUCGGAGAACAUCACGCAGGACGUCGGGGGCGGGAACAAGCAGCUCAAGAAGGCGGCCCAGCGGCCCAGCGCGGCGCGGUACACGUUCUUCGCGUCGGCGGGGCUGUGCGCGUUUCUGAUCCUCUGGGACUUGGUUAUAUAGACAGAAAGAAGUCGAUGGCAGUCUAUCCAUGGCCGGGCAUGUAUUAAAUUGGCAUGGCCUUGGUGAGAGAGUGACCAGGCGAUAUUGUGGCGGGCAAAGUUUAGCGAAGGGUGCAACAGCAUGCACGUCGCGGCAAGGAAGAAUCGCAUCGAAUGAACAGUGGCCUUGACAGUCUCUCUUUUCAUAUGCCCAAGUCUUACAUCCGAGAUGGCUUACCGAACUUCUUGAAAGUU